AUGUCACGUGUUAAGGUGGAGGACGCCGGUGGCGACACCAUCUGGCACACUGAACACGACGGUAUCCGCUACCCAAACUUCCUCAACAUCGACUCUUUCACCAACAUCCACAACCUGCCCAUCAGAAACGAUGACAUCUUCAUCUGUGCUUACCCGAAAUCAGGCACACACUGGGUCAGCGAGAUGGUCCGACAUCUUGUCGCAGGUCAUACAAAUCUGAACAGUGUGGAGACGAUCACAAGGGUGACUGAAUACCUUCCACAGAAUGUGACGUCACUUCCGUUACCCAGAAUUCUCAACAGUCAUGACAACGUGAAGCUGCUCCCGGCUGACAUUUUCAAGAAGAGAUGUAAACUUGUGUAUGUGAUGCGGAAUCUUAAAGAUGUAACAGUGGCAUCGUACAACCACACCCGAAACACACGACAGUGCAGGUACCAAGACAAUUGGGAGAAUUACAUGGAAUACUGCGUUCUCGGCAAAUUUCACUAUGGGUCUUGGUUCGACCACGUCCUCGAGUGGGAAUACCUUAAGAAGACGCAUCCUGAUCUUCCGAUACUUACCCUCCAUUAUGAGGACUUACAGGAGGCGAGUGAUUAUUUCUCAAUGCUGCAUAUGCACUUUUGGAACUAUUUGUAUUGA